UUUUGUGAAUGAAAAGGAACGACGGCGUCGGCCCUUUCUGUCCUAGACAGGCACUGAUCUCUCCCGUUGGGGCCGCCGUCCCACUGGACAGUCUGGAUCAUGACCUUGGACAGCAAACCCAUGGAUGUGGCGGACACUGAAGUCGAAGGUCAGGCGGACUGCAGAGAAGCUGUGAGGAGUACAGAUUCAUCAGUGUUCAGGGAGAGUAAUGUAGACUUGGAGCGACGGCCUUCAUCCUUCACUCCUGACGUGCAGGGUGAGGAAGACUUUGAAGUCCGGCUCCGGGAGGGUCCGGGGAGGAGAAUUGCCUCGGUGAAGCCUCCGUAUUCGUAUAUCGCUCUCAUUACCAUGGCCAUCCUCCAGAGCCAAAAGAGGCUCACCCUCAGUGAGAUAUGUGAUUUUAUCAGCCAGCGUUUCGUGUAUUAUCGGGAAAAGUUCCCUUCGUGGCAAAACUCAAUCCGCCACAACUUGUCUUUGAAUGACUGCUUUGUCAAAAUGCCCCGGGAGCCCGGGAAUCCAGGCAAGGGGAAUUAUUGGACUCUGGAUCCCAUGUCGGCAGAUAUGUUUGAAAACGGGAGUUUUCUUCGUCGGAGGAAACGCUUUAAGAGGCAAUUUAUAUUUGGUACCGCUGAAGGCUCCAGGGCGCAGGAGCGCAGUCUGAUGCCUGUGAUUCCUCUCCUCGGAGCGCGCAGGGUGGUCUCUAGUCUCCAGAGUCCCGAUUUGUAUCAGGAUGUUGGAACUGGUUUAGGAUCACGGGUUAUCUCCAGCAUCACACCUGUAAGCAGCAUCAUACCCACACUUUCCUCGAUCCUCUCCAAGAAUUUCCCUUCUUGUCAAAACUUUGAACAUUUCGACCCCGGAUGCUGCGUUGCUGUCCCGUCUUUGGCUCCAAACUCCUGCCUUAUGCAUCCCGUCUCACUCCACGGAAUAAUGCCCAACUUCACUCUUUCCCAGCUGCCAGUUUUUCCACCGGGAUCUUAAAAGUUUCGUCUGAUUUAAUUUAAUCUGAUGACGCCUGCCUGCUUCGAACUCACGGAGAACAACAAGGCCACCAUAUUUAAUUUGAUUCCUUAAAUGUUUUCAACAACGGAUGUUUUCAUAUUUUUCUGUGUGUUUAUAAUAAAAAUGGCUGAUUUUAAUUUAGUGUCUGUGUACUUUUAAUUAA